UUCAUCCAUUUCUCUUCUUCUCUUUGUCCAUUUCUCUCUCUUUGUGUGUUAAUUAGAAAUAUCACUCCCUCCUACAAAAUCACCAUGGAAAACUGUCAGCAAUCGGCGGGAAUGAAGCGAAAGCGAAUGCAGCGGCGAAUGGGAAGGACAACUGACCACAUGAUUCACCUCUCAUCAUACGUCCAACCUCCGCCACCAAUGUCACAGACAUGGCAGCCUCCACCACCGUCAAUGCAAACAUGGCGAUUUCAGCCACCACCAUCGCAACCAUGGCAAGCUCCAUCAUCGCCGUCGAUCCACCACCACCACCACCACCGCUGGAACGGUGGAGGCUUGUUUGGCGAAUUGUUGGCGAGAGUUCCUAUGCCAAUGGAGGAAACACCGGACAAGUUAAAGAUCUUGUUCAUUGUUGAUGUGGAAAAGUUAAUGCUACAGCCUACAGGUUUCUUGUCAAAUGUGAAUGCACUUUAUUAUUGCUCGUGGCCAUGGAUAUUGGCUUAAUUAUAAUGAGUUACAAUUAU